AUGUACAUCUCUUCCAAGAAUGUUAAGCUGUUGCAUUAUCGUCUCAGAAGGAUAAAGCCACAGGGCAAGGUCACGCUCCUGAGGUUGGGGGUGAGGGCCUCCACUAAGGAGCUGGCCUUUACUGUGCAAAGCAUCAGAGGAGAGGUGGGAACUGAAACAGGAAACCAGAGACUAGAUGGCCAGGAGGGGGAACUGCAGAUUCAGUCUCAGCAGAAAAAUGCCAAAAAGCAAGCUGGACAAAAGAAGCAAGGACAUGACCAAAAGGCUGCUGCCAAAGGUGCCCUAGUAUAUACCUGCACUGUCUGUAGGACACAAAUGCCAGACCCUAAGACCUUCAAGCAGCACUUUGAGAAUAAGUAUCCUAAGACUCCACUUCCUCCAGAAUUAGCUGAUGUUCAGGCAUGA